UCAGUUGAUAACGACUGGGCAUAUUUCAAGUAUACAGUAUACCUACACAUUAUACCACUACCGUGGAACCUUAACCACGAUGCCUGUGUGAAAAGGUGGAAAACUUAGAUAAAUGUAUAUUAUUAUAUGUUAUGACUUAUAAACUAUGAUCCAAGUAAUACAACAUGACAAUAUGCACUACUGCACCAGAGACUAAAAUAAUAGGUUACAUAUUAUGCCUCAUGUAAUCGAUACAUAAUUAAUGGUAUUACAAAUAAUAUAUUAUAAUAUCUUAGUUCUUAUUCCGUGACAUACGCUAACUUCAUUGACUCUAUAGUAUUACACUACUUCACUAGAAUAUCAAUAAUAUUAUGUUCUAAUGAGCAAAUAUACAUAAUAUACACAUAUAGCAACAGGCUGCAGCUACGUUAUUCAAAGUUUAAGGCUGUUAGCGUGUUAUGAUAUAAGCACCACGAUUUGAGAUAGACUGAUAGAUGCUAAACACACUGAUAGUAUAAUCACAGAAUAAAUGAUAAGUAUGGUUUUAAGUUAAAAAACUGAUAACGGCAAUAGAUUUCAUUGAAACGGUUUGUCCGGCUCAUAGCCACCGACAAUCGGCAUUCGAUACUGGAAAUGUUUCGGUUAAUGCUUAAGUUUUUACGCCAGUUAACAGUUUCAUAAUUUAAUGCUGUCGGUAAUAGUGCAUACAUUUAUACUUAAAAUUUAAUUAAAAAUUAUUAUUAUAUAAUGUUUUCUAUAUCAUGGUAAAAUAUUUCGUAAAUAACAUUUAAAACCUCAGUAAAUAGAACAAUUGUACUGUAGUUUGAAGUUCUUUUUUGCUUUUUCAAUAUGACUACUAUGUACGGAAACGGUAUGAAACAAUUGGAUGAGCGGCACGUGCCUACUAAAGUCCUGAAAAUGGAAUGGUCAAACAAAAUGGAUCUGUUGGCAAUAGCUAAGGAACAUGGCGAGGUGUCUUUACAUCGUCUCACUUGGCAGCGAGUCUGGUCCUUGGCUGCCCCAAAAGAUAAGACAUUGGUGACUGCUUUGGCUUGGAGACCCGAUGGAAAACAGUUGGCUAUAGCAUAUGAUUCACGUGAUUUAUUAUUAGUGGAUGUAGAAAAUAAAGACAUCGCUUUUAGCAAAACAACGGAGAGUAAAGUCACUUCUUUGGUAUGGGUGCAGCAAGAAAGACCUCAGAAAAAAGACACCAUUGAUUCUGUACUGAUUAAGAUGAAUGGUCUCGAUUAUCUUCCAAAACUACAAAGCUUGGUCCUUCGCGAUACACCUGAAGAGGAGAACAAGAUACCUAAAAUACAAGACACGUUGAAUUUAUUGUUAGUCGGCAUGGACAACUGUGAAGUACAAAUAUUAGCACUGGGUAUAUUUUUGUGCGGUUCCAUUAAAUUGGCUGAAGUAUUUAAAAAAGAAGGCACCGUGUUAAACAUACACAUGCCAGUAGAUUUCAGUUACCUAUAUGUGGCUAUUCAAUAUUACUACGGUAGUAUAGAAAUAGUGACGAUUAAAUUACAAGACUGCGACACGUGCUGGGACGAUGUUUAUGAUUUGGCAUUUAAACACGAUCAGUUGCUGUCGUCAUUAGAUUAUUUAGAUCAAACGAUGAAAAACAUACUGGAAACGUGGGAACACGUGUCGUUAAUGGAAAUGGAACUGAAACUGAGUUCUUAUUACCCAGAAGACCCGGAAAUGGUGUCGACCGAUCUGUUGGAACUGCUGAUCUACGGCAUAAUAUCGGAACGCAUGGACCAGUUCCUGAAAAGAGAUUUGACCGACAAGGGCAUUAAAAAAAUCGGCCUGUCGAUCGAGUCGAGCCACACCAACGUUCAGAAAUUGGUAGUGAACCAACUGUCCGAGGUGACCAACCAAAUUUUGUUUCAACUAGUGGAGAUAUCCGGAAUGUCGCUGAAAAAAUACGAAUGCCUCGGGCUGACGGAGAACAGCGUGAAGAAAGCUCUGCGGUCGGCGAACGGGUUCUUGAUGAAGUGCAACGAGGUGCAGAUCGUCAUCGAAGAGUCGCUGACCCGGUACAAGCUGUUCUUCAAGUGGCUGUACGGCAUGAUGAUUAAGCUGAACGACGAGAACUCGGCCAACGAUCCGUCGCUGUCGGACACGUCGCAACAGGAGCUCAACAUGCUGGCCGAGUACAUAAACGGGCUGGGCGAGACCGGGGCGAAAGCCAAGGACUACAAACUGGACCGGGUGGGCCAGUAUUUCCUGGACGGGGACCUGGAGUGUCCGUACGACGCGCGUAGCCAGUGGUGGUCACUGCUCCAGGACAACCCGUGCAUGGAGGAGAACGAGCUUAUUUUGUCGGCCCCCCGGGGCCACUCGCUGACCCGACAGUUCGCCGUGCUCAAGGCAGACCUGAUGGACAUAUUCGCGCAGCGCAAGACGUUCUUCGACAAGACGUUCGUGAUGUACGACAACGUGCCGUUGGAAGGGCCGUCGGGGCUGUCGCACGGCCGCACCCGCGUCAGCAUGGUGGACCUGCCCAAUCACAAGCUGUUGGUGUGCUGCGUCCGAGAACUCGGCGCCCACGACUUUGGGUUCUACGAACUGAUGGCGUACGGCGACACGCAAGAGGUGACGCACCGCAGCACCACCGUGUUCUACUCGUGCGACGGCGUCAAGCAGAACGUGCACGACGUGCAGUUCUACUCGCCCGACUACGUGUCCGUGCUGACGGAAACGCUCGACCGGGCGACCAACAGGUUCUCGCUGUUCAUACAGCUGUCCACCAGCAGCGUGCGCAAUCACUGUUCCACGGACGGGCUGACCACGUGCCGGAUAGGCCAGCCGAGUGCCGACAGUGGCAGCGGCGGAAGCUGUCACACGCUCAGCGACUACACGUGCCGCGUGGUGGAGAACAUGGCGGCCUCGAGUUUCGCGGUCAGCGGUACCCGGAAAGUGGCCGUGUUGUUGUCGCACAGCCGGCACAAGGUCCGGUUGUUCGAGAUGGAGGUGGACGACGAAGAGGACGAGGACGAGGAUAGCGCGAUGGACAUCACGCGGGACUCAAACAUGACGGACGAGACUGGGUGACAUCCGCUUAACCCUCGGUCAACCGACAAGCCACAGCCGUCACCCGUCGCGGUGCUCGAGACGAUAACGCCAGAUCGCGACCAGAGUACGUCGUGUGCUCUUAAAUUGUCUAUAACUAUUAUCACCUAGCUCCUACUUGUAAAUUAUUAUGUUGACGAAAUGUGCACGUCGGAAUAACGCGCGUAUUAUAUAAUAUAAUAUUGUAUAAAUAAUAUUUUUAUACCUAUUUCAUAAUAUUAUAGUCUUACGCAUGACAAAUUAAUAAAUUUAAUUAAUAAUUUGUCAUGGUCUUACGUUCGUCCUCACAGAGUUGUGAUACAUUCAAACUAAUAGUCU